AUGAUGAUGAUGGCGGUGCCGCCCGACGACUUCUGGGGCAUCAGGUUCAGAUAUCUAAACUACCUCGUGCCACUUGUUGCAGCUCUCGGAGUGUGGACGGUGGGCAACAUCGGGCGCGAGCGCGGCGGACUGCGCUGGGCGGCGCUGGCGGCGUACGCGGCCUACCCGCUGCGAUACUACGUGUACGACGAGAGCAUCUGGUUCACACUAAUGGUGCUCGCCUCCGCCCUGGCCUUCGACUCCUUCUCGAAGGAGUGGCGCAGGACGCCGCCCAAACGACGACAUGUCUUCAGACGCGUGGCGGUGCUGGCGACGUGCGCGGCUCUGUACGCGGCGCUGUGGUGCAGCUACCUGUACUUCCACGGGACGCUGACCGACAGCGACGGCGACGAGGUGCCCGUCUACGAGGCGUUGCACCACUUCUUCACCAGCCCCUGGUGGCUGGACGUGAAGCAGUGCGUGGUCGACACGUGGCAGUUCGCGCAGCACCACGGCUGGUACGAGGUGUGGAAGCAGGUGGUGGACCUGUCCGACCCGCGCGGCGAGCUCAACGCGUACAAGGUGCUGGGGCUGAGCCCGGAGGCGAGCCAGGCGGAGCUGACGUCGCGCUGGCGGCAGCUGUCGCGCGAGCACCACCCGGACAAGGCGCGCCCCGCGCAGCGCCGCGCCGCGCAGGACCGCUUCAUGGAGAUACAGCGCGCCUACGAGAUACUCUCCAGCAGCAAGCACCGCCGCGCGAGACGCAACAAGCGCGACAACACGCCCACGCCCACGCACGCGCCCACGCCCACGCACACGCGC